AUGACGUGGGCCGUGUUUUCCUUCCUCUCCUUGCUCCUGCGUCUGCACCCUGAGAUGUGCAUCCGCAUGCCUGAGGCAUGUCUGGCCGGGGCGCUGGCGCCCUCUGCCCCCGCCUUUGGGGGACGGGGGCUGGGGACCUUGCUGGCGGUGUGGACUUCGGCGGCCCUCCCCGAGAGCCGGCGCCGUCCUCGCUCUGAGGCUCUGUUUAGACUCUUCUGGGUUUCUUGCAACUUUGCCGCCUACGCGGCGUCGGCUCUCCAUGUCCUUUCUUCCUUCCGGAAGACGCCGACCUCAGAGGCCGUCCCCCGCCUAGCGCCCCAAGAGGGACCGUCGCCCGCGGCCCCUCCGCCAGCCGCCCACCGCCGGCCUCUGGCCCCAGGCACGAACCUCAGCUGCCACCAGUGCUUCAAGGCCCGAGAGCGGGCGCGGUGCCCGCCCGCCCCGUGCCGCCUCACCGACCGCGUCUGCGUGGCGCACAUCUUGGUCCUGAACCUCAGGCUGCGGUGCUACUCCUGCCAGUCUCUGCGCCGCGGGGAGCUCUGCGGCGUGCGGCGCAGCUGCAGCUCCGGCCACGUCUUCUGCAAGACCAUCCUCUCCCACGGGGACACUGAGUCCGGGCCCCUGACCACCUACUCGGCGUGGUGUUCGGACACGUGCGACCCCAUCUCCAGGACGGUGGCCGGGACCCUGAUGACCGUGGCCUGCUGCCAGUCGGCGCUGUGCAACGUCCCACCCUGGCAGGACUGGCCGGGGGGCGCGGCGCGGGUGCCCCGGGGCAGCCCUGUGGCGCUGGCCGCCGGCCUCCUGCUCGGCCUCCUUUCAGCCUCUGGGCGUUGAGCCCCGAGACGCCCCUCCCCGGCUGCCCCCGCCGCACCGCGAAUA